CGAAUGCAUGACUUGUUUGACACGACCUCCGAAAUGUAUUAGGAUGCUAAACUCCUUACAGUAUUACCAAGGGCCGCCAUAUGUAACGAAUGGGUACCUCGAGCUAAACUCCAUCCCGCGGACUACUGGCGAGGAGCCUGACCCGGCAAUGUCGGGGUAAUCUGCCAACCUCGGCUUCUCCAGGUCGGAUUUCCACCACGGGGUAGCCAUUUGUAUAUUGACGAUUGAUCAUGACCACAUUGCUGAAGGAUUUCUUAUGGCUUCAACGUAGAUCUGAUUCAAUUGUCUAUAUCAGCUCAUAUCGAAGCAAACCUAUCGACCACAAAUUGCAUUGAUUGAACCCAAAGGUUUCAGGCAAGCUUACGUUGAGGCUUACCACCAACCAGUAUAACCGAGGCCUAAUCAAGCGAAUUUAAGAAACCACCCAAAACGAUCGAGAAUAAGAUCUAUCAUCAUUGCAAUCACCGUAUUUCUCAUCCUCAUCACCCUUUCGUAACUACAGCACAAGAUCCACCUAUAUCAACAUCAACAUCAACAUCAAAAUGGCCAACCUCGCAACCACCAUCCCAGCACCCACCACCGACGACCCCUCGGUCAUACUAUCGAUCCCGGCACCCCAUAUCCUAUUGGUGACAAUCAAUCGGGUCAAGCAGAUGAACUCGAUCCCGUCUGCAGUGCACUGGUAUCUCCACCGAGUAUUCACAUGGUUUGACCGAGAACCCACGUUGCGUGUGGCGGUCAUCACGGGCGCGGGUCCCAAGGCCUUUUGCGCCGGUCAGGAUCUCAUCGAAAUCGGUACCCGUGACCCCAAAGAGGCUGAGGAAAAGCCUUACCUCGCUAUGCAUCCACCAACUGGGUUUGCUGGCGUCAGUCGUCGUGUUGGUAAAAAACCAGUCAUUGCUGCUGUCAAUGGCUUUGCUCUCGGUGGUGGAUUUGAAAUUGUUCUUAACUGUGACAUGGUCGUAGCAUCAUCCAACGCAACAUUCGGACUACCAGAGGCCUUGCGAGGCAUCUACGCUGGCGCUGGCGGUUUGCCGCGUCUGGUUCGCAAUGUUGGAAUCCCACUAGCGUCGGAAAUAAGCAUGACGGGCCGCACAUUGACGGCAGCCGAGGCGCUCAAGUACAACCUGAUCAACAGCAUCUCCAAGUCGCAAGCGAGUUUGAUCGACGAAGCCGUGGCUCUGGCCACAAAGGUCGCCAACAUCUCUCCCGAUGCCAUCAUCGUCACCCGCGCCGGUUUGAGAGAGGCAUGGGAAACCGCUAGUGUCGAGCGUGGUUAUGAGUUGGUUGACUCUCGCUUCAGGGAAGGUCUCAUGACGGGUGAAAACACCAGAGAGGGUCUUGCUGCUUUCAGAGAGAAGAGGAAGCCAGUCUGGAAACCAAGUAAAUUGUAGAUUCUCUCUCCAAAAUCCACGUACUGCACAGAAUAGCAGAAAUGAAAAUAUAUCGUUCUGUA